AUGAGUAUCAGACGAGGCUUCACUGUUAAAGAACUCCUCUCCAAUCAAGAUCAAGCCAACAACAAUGCUCAUCAAACUUUCUUCUUUGAUAACGACGAUCUAUUCUCAACGAGAUCCCCCAGCUCAAUUCUAGAAGCUGAUGAAGAGCAAAACUUUCACAAUCCAACGAAAAGAGAAAAAUCAAGAAGAGCAAGAACUGCUUUCACUUAUGAACAACUUGUGGCUUUGGAAAAUAAAUUCAAAUCAACUCGGUAUUUGAGUGUUUGCGAGCGGUUGAAUUUGGCUUUAUCUUUGAGACUCACGGAGACACAGGUAAAGAUAUGGUUUCAAAAUCGAAGGACUAAAUGGAAGAAGCAUCAUCCGGGAGCUGAUGCAAAUGCUCCACCUUCUCCAAGAAGCAAUGAUGAAGGCUCUUCCGUUACUCCAACUCUCAACUCCACCUGUUUUCCCGGUUCAACUCCAACCACUUCUCUUCUAAUGCCACAAAUUCUUCCAUUUCACAUUUACUCAAUGCCUCCAACACCGUUCUUCUUUCCAUCUGCUGCUUUAGCUUUUGCG